UAUAACGUUAUAUUCUGCACAACCGCGGGGAACGAGAGGAAAGACACGUCUGGGGACAUCACGAGACGUUCGCAACAUCGACGCGCACGCGAAACACACGACAACUGGCUCGCCUUUCACGCGUUCUUCUGCUCUCGCGUCGCUUUGCCACGACGACCUACAAUUUCUAUGCUAGAGGAAACACGCGACACGAGCCAGCAACCAAAACCAUCGAACUAAUUCAAAGGCUUGAAGCUUUGCGGUCAAUACACUUUCUCAAUAAUCGCGUAAACACAGCAACAACAACAUGUCAGCCGGUCAUCCAGUCCUGGAUCUGCCUUCAGCGCAUAUCCACAAGAUGCCCAGCACAUCCUCAUUUGGUAUAGAUGACGAAGAAGAUACACAAUUCGACUCUCCGGAAGAUGAGAUAGCCCAUUACAGAGACAAGUACAGGCAGGCUAUUGAGAUGCUUUCCGAUACGAGGGCGGAGCUUGAGGAAUUCCAGCAAUCCUCAAAGGAGCUCGAAGAUGAAAUGGAGCAAGAGCUCGCGGCCAACGACAAGCAACAAGCAGACUUGAGAGAGAAGAUCAAGCGACUGGAGCAAGAAAAGGACGAAUGGAAGAACAAACACAUUGCCUUGCAAAAGAUGCACAGUUCUACAACGUCGGCAAUGCAGAGGGAGAUGGACAACCUGAGGUCUGAGAGGGACAAGACGCUCGUUGCCUUGCGAGAUUUGGAGAUGGGAAACGAUGAGCUGGAAAGGAAUGAGAGAGUCGCUGCGUCAUCGCUCCUCGACAUGGAGAGCAGGUAUAACAGAGCGAUAGAAGAAAAGACAUUGCUCGAGCAAGACGUCGCUACCAAAGAUGAGCUAGAGGCUGAGGCACAACGGCUGAAAGACGAGGUUCGAGAUGCAAACGAGGAGAUCAGCAUCCUCAAAGAUCAGCUCGCUAGAGCGAUCUCCACUCCACCAUCCUCCGUCUCCACAGCCUCUCCCACACACGAACCGAUCCGCAAAGUCUCCCGCUCAAGUCUGUCUGAAGACUUGUCUUCCUCUCCUCUACCACCACCUGUCCCCAGCAAGACGGAUUCUACCCCCGGAUCCCCCCGACGACGCAUGACCCGCAGCGGCACUCUAUCUUCCAUCCCCGUCCCCAGCCCCUCCACCAAGCGCUUCAGCCACAUCCCCCAAUCCCCCUCCACCACCUCUCUCAGCCGCUCCACGACAUCCCGCAACCUCGCAGCCGCUGCUGGUACGCCCCUGUCCAACUCGCCCGCUGGGCUUACAAGGAGUAGAAGUGGGAUCCCGCAAGCAUCUCCGGCGAGGGUCUCGGUCAUUGCUUCGCAUCAGCAGACAAAGUCGCGAGGGUUCAAGCUUUUGCAUGAUUUGCAGGCGAAGUUGAAGGCGACGGAUGAUAAGCUCGGCGGAGCAAAGGUCCCCAGGAGGAAUGUUUCUGGAACAGGGGCUUCAGUGUUCGGGGCGGUAGGAGCAGUAGGAAAACGAGUGACGUCGACUUCGUCGACUGCUACCGCCCGUUCCAAGCAGACCGACAUUGCCCCUGCUACCACUGUCAACAGAUCACAAACCACCCCCCUCGCUCAGGCGUCUGCUCUUCCUCGAACGGGGAGCGUCAUGUCGCCAAGCUGGGUCCUUGUCGGCGAAGGGGAUGAUACCCCCACAGGACCUUGGAGCAUGACUCUUCCCACCGACGAGCCCCAGUCUCCUCUGGACCCUAACUUUAGGAGCACGAGCACAACCAGCUCAAACAGGUCUUUGCCAAUGCGUCCAGGGAUCCCUUCGCCUUUGGCCAGUGGGCUAGCGAGAUCGAGCACUACGAGCGGCAGACUCCCCUCGGGUAGACCGCCCUCGAGAUUGGCACAGAGCACAACCAAGAGGGAUUUGGCUGAGCGUCCUAUGUCGCCAACCCACAUUCCGAUCGCCUCUACCCGACAGAACCCUCGCCCCAUGUCACCUUCUUUAAUCCCGACUGCUUCCUCCAGACCACUCUCACCAGAGAUGUGGACCCGCUCGGAGUCCCCAGCCUUGGGCUUCUCAGCCCUCGGCCAAUCCACCUCGGCCUCGUCUUCUCGUCCAGGCUCUGACUCUAGCUCCGCGCCCAACAUCGCAAGGCCUCCCUCCCGCUCGGGUUUGAACAAACGCAAUCCCAUUGGGCGUGGGCCCCCACCCACUACAACCUCGCGUCUACACCAUCACCACUCCCGUGGGUCUCUGUCUGCGAUACCGGCAGCGUCCACGGGUGUUGAAAAGGUUGAGCGAGCAAAGAGGCUCGGGAGGCCGAGUUCGAUGGGAGGAGAGAAGCGGUCGGCUGCGGGGGAAAAGGGGUCUGGGGCAAUGGCGGGGAGGCCAAAUGGAGCCAGGCCGUCGAGUGUGCAUACUUUCAAUGGAACACCACCACCGGUACCGAGGAUACCAAGCUCUAUUCUGCGAGGUCAGGGGAAGAAGAUCUAG